ACAUCCAGAAUGGUAGAUGGCUCAAUCUUAUACCGGGGAUUCUGGGUACUUGAAUGAAGAACCGGUCUUAAUCAAGAUAUUUUUGUUGCUGUGGAUUGUUUUCCUUUCAGUACUCAUGUUUAAUGUAGAAAGGCUACAAUGCAGGGCAUCUGUGGAGAAUAUGUUGCAUAUUAUACUUAUAUUCCAAAUUUCGGUGUUGAUAGGUUUGCGAAGAAUUUUCUUGGGGAAUAAAAUCGGCAAUCAUUGCAGAAGACUAGAAUUGUGCUUUAAGCAGUCAUAAUGGGUGCUUGCAUGUCGACACCCCCUAAAAAGAUCAGAGUGCGGAAGAGACAUUCCCGCCAAACCUGCAAACGCCAAGGCAAGAUAUCAAGUUUUGCCCCUACCAUGACCAAGAAAAGGAACAGCGGUGCUGGUCUCGUAACCGAUUAUGCUGUCAGCGAAUUUGUUCGAAUGGAUUUCGAGACAGGGGAAACGACCACUUGCAGACGAUCCGAGGUUUCCAAUUCUACAUUCUAUCUGACACAGCUGCAGUGGCACCAUAGUCAAUUUGACGCUAACGUAUUAUGCCAAGAGGAGGCAUGGUUCGACUCGGUGAGCAUCUUGGAGUCUGACUCCGAUGACGAAUUCAUCAGUGUGCAUGGAGAUGGAUUUCCUUUGGUAGUCAACGCGAUUGGCAACAUUUCUGGCGGUCAAGUGCUUCAGUAUGAAACUUCAUCUUGCUUUGUGGACAGUGGCAAAGCGUAUGAAGAAUUCCACGGAAGUUAUCUCAAAAUAGAUGGAGGUAAAUCAGAAGUUUUAACAGCCAAAGAUGAGCACAAGGAAUCUAAUACAUUCACGUCUACGCAAGGCCAUGAGCUGGCUUGUGCUGGAAAGGCUGAGGAAAGUUACAGCAGGAUGAGGAAAAAAUUGGAACACUGCCAUGGGAGCUUCAAAGGUCUUAAAGAGAAUAGACGCGAUUCUGAGGAGAAAUGCCAAGAGAAACUAUUGAAAACUGGCCUAUCUCGUUUAGUUCCUUCCGUGAGUUUUAAUGACAAGAUCUUAAGUACUCAAAAUGUGGGCCUGCAAGCUCAAAGAAGAAAGUCUGCAGUUUUCAGGCUUUCAUUCAAGAGAAGGUCCUGUGAUGGAGAGGAAACAAUGGAACAACGCGCAUCAAAAAGAUUCUUAUAUCGCCCCCGAGCAGGAUUGAUCAUUCCUUGCUGCACUGGUGAAAAACCGGCCCCUGGAUGCUGGUCUGAACUUCCACCCUCGAAAUUUAAACUUCGAGGCGAAAACUACUUCAAAGAUAAGCGGAAGUCAGCCGCUUCAGAUAACACCCCGUAUAUACCAAUCGGAGUUGAUCUAUUUAUGUGCCCAAGAAAAAUAAACCAUAUAGCCCAACACCUUGAGCUACCCAAUGUGAAAGCAGAUGGAAAAGUGCCUCCUCUUCUUGUUGUAAAUAUCCAAUUGCCCACUUAUCCUGCUGCGAUGUUCCUUGGUGAUAGUGAUGGGGAAGGAAUGAGUCUUGUCUUGUACUUCAAAGUUUCUGAGAGCUUUGAGAAAGACAUCUCUUCACAAUUUCAGGACAGCAUCCAGAAAUUCGUCGAGGAUGAGAUGGAGAAGGUUAGAGGCUUUGCUAAAGAGUUCACCAUUCCUUUUAGAGAGAGGCUGAAGAUCAUGGCUGGUGUGGUGAACCCUGAGGAUCUCCAGUUAAAUUCUACCGAGAGAAAACUAGUACAAGCAUACAAUGAAAAGCCGGUUCUUUCACGCCCUCAACACAACUUCUACAAGGGAUCCAAUUACUUUGAGAUCGAUUUGGACAUUCACCGAUUCAGCUUUAUUUCUCGAAAGGGGUUGGAAGCUUUCCGGGAACGGUUGAAGAAUGGAAUACUCGACUUGGGUCUAACCAUUCAGGCACAAAAGCCAGAGGAGCUGCCAGAACAAAUGCUGUGUUGCGUUAGACUGAACAAGAUUGAUUUCAUCGAUCACGGCCAAAUACCGACACUGGUCACCGUGGAUGAUGAUUGACAACUCCCCUUUUUAAGUGAAAUCAAAUCAAUGCUAACUACCAACGAUAACAGUGGGCUUCAGAGGGGGAAGUCCAUGCCUCCAGUCUCAAUCCAGUUGGGAAAGAAAAUCUCUUAUAAGUAUGCAAAUUAUUUGAAUUCAAACCUUUCGUAAGUCUCCUGGUUCAUUAAUCAUUUAAGCGCAAGUUAAACAUGAAAUCGGUUUCGACUCCACCAUUAAUGGGUGUUGUAAUGUUAUACAUAAUUGUUGUAUAUGCUGUUGGGAUGAUCCUGUCAAAUUCCCUUGUAAGGGACU